AUGGGUUCUUUCGUCUUCUUAGAUCAGACCCGCUACGAUCUCUCACCAGACGUGACUGUCCUCGGGUGCACACUCUUCUCACGAGUGAGCGACGCACAUAAGGAACAAGUCAGCUAUGGUCUCAAUGACUUUUAUCACAUAAGCGACUGGACGGUUGAUGAUCACACGGCUGCUCACGAAGCAGACCUGGCCUGGUUAAAUGAACAGGUUUCUCAUAUCACUUCUUCUGAGCCUCAUCGCAAGAUUGUGGUUUUUACGCACCAUAGCCCAAUCACUCAGGAUCCACGAGCAGUUGAUCCAAGGCACGUAAAUAGCUCGCUGUCCUCGGGGUUUGCCAGCGAUCUCUCAGGGCAGGAGGUUUGGAAGAGUCCGCUAGUAAAAUUGUGGGCAUUUGGGCAUACGCACUUCAAUGUCAGUUACAUUGAGGAGGGUACCAAGAAGAUGGUCGUUAGUAAUCAGCGCGGCUAUUACUUUUCUCAGGCGAAGGGAUUCGAUGGAGAGCUGGUAGUUCGAGUCUGA